CGAAAGCGUGAUUGCCUUUUCCAGGUGGCGGAUUUGAUUAUAUAUAAUAAAAUUAAAUCAAGGACUCUAUACGUAGACAGAGGGAGAGGCGGUCUACUUGAGCACGCUGAGAAGUUACAGAUAACACAUCCGGCAGGGUUUCCACAGCUCACUGCCCAACAAAGACCAAACCCUGUCUCGCUCCAGAGCAACGGUCAGCAUUAUGGCAAGGCGCAUUACCAUUCGGCCACGUUUCAAAUUAUCCUCGUCGCUCAUAAGUAACACCCUGCCGUUCGUUUGGACCUGUCGCGAGGUCGGGCAGCUCGUUUGUCUUGAGCUCGCCCUCUCAUUUAAGUCUACAGCAAUAUGAAAACGAUGCAAGCAAACAAUGAAGACCACGUUUUACCAUCGGCCAUUCAGGAAACUAUCCCAAAUGAAAUCAAUCCAAUUGUGUCAGCGGAAGCUUGUGCCGAUACAGUUGAAAUGCAGCCUGUGGCUGCUGAAGGGGAUAAGGAUAUAGCCAUCGAAAACGUUGCUCAAUCCAAUGCGGAAAACGAGUAUCUCCAGGGAUGGAAGUUCUACGUACUCACGGCUGGCCUUUGGAUAGCGCUGUUCCUAUCGACACUCGAGACAACUAUUGUGAGCACGUCACUGGUUUCGAUCACGAAUGCUCUGAACGGCUUCUUCAUCAGAGAUUGGAUUGUAACUGCAUAUCUCCUUACCUACACAGGUUUCCUCACCAUCUAUGCAAAGUUCAGCGAUAUAUUUGGUAGAAAAACCAUGUUGAUCUUAGCUCUUGUAAUUUUUACACUAUCCUCUGUCCUCUGUGGCAUUUCGAAUAAUAUCGUUGAAUUGAUUAUUUUCCGUGCCUUCCAAGGCAUUGGAGCUUCUGGCAUCUACUCAAUGACCAUGGUCAUUGCACCCGGUCUAGUUCCCAUAGAAAAAUACGCCAAGUAUAUGGGUAUCGUCUCGACCGUCUUCAUUGCUGCUAGUGUCCUUGGGCCAAUCCUCGGAGGUGUCAUCAAUACCAGUUCAUCAUGGAGAUGGGUAUUCCUCCUGAAUGUUCCUGGAGGCCUAAUUUCUCUUGUAGCAAUCAGUUGGUGCUUGCCGACUUCAGAAGCGACAUCGAGACUUGCAUUCGAAGACCGGCUCCAAAACAAAUUCGCUCGGUCAGCUCUGAUUCGGGUCGAUUAUUUUGGCAUGUUUCUGCUGCUCGCAUCAUCUGUGUUGCUUGUGUUCGCUCUGGAGGAAGGUGGUACACGGUAUCCAUGGAAUAGUGCCACUGUUGUCACAACUUUGGUCAUCGCUGUCCUUGCUGGCAUCUUAUUUGCCUUGUGGGAAAUCUAUAUUGAUAAUGACAAGACAGUUCAGGAACCGGUGUUUCCACCUAGUAUCCUCAAAGACAGAUUACUAUCUAUGAUGUUACUCACCGCCUUUUUUGUUGGAUUUCCUUUUGUCUCAAUCGUGGUCAACAUCCCUCAAAGAGCACAGGCCGUCAGUGGUCUGUCGCCAUUGCAUGCCGGCCUGGCUCUGUUGCCACUCUUGCUUAUCUCGCCCCUUGCAACAGCAGUUUCGGGCUUCCUAACAGGCAAAAUGAAAGUCCCACCUUUCUACAUCGUCGUCGGCAGCUCUCUUGUGCAGCUGCUUGGCGUAGGGUUUACCUGCUCACUUCCUACAGACACGACUGAGAUACCGAAGUCGCAAUAUGGGUUUGAGGUCCUGAUGGGUAUAGGCUUUGGUUUAGGCUUAGCUACCUUAUUGACGUUUGCUCGUGCAGUCGUUUCCGAGGCUAAUUUAGCUGUCAUGAUGGGCGCCGUCACUCAAGUUCGCGUCCUUGGUGGGACGAUCUCUCUUGCUGUUUGUGCUACUAUUCUCAACAACUAUCUGGCUUCUCACUUGGAGUCAAUAAUUAGCCCUGAGCAGGUCAAGGUAGUUACAAAAUCUCUAUCUACAAUUCAGGAUUUGACCCCUGACCAGCAAUUUGCCGUGAGGCGGGCAUUUGCAGCGGGAUACAACAAGCAGAAUAUCUUCAUGACUGUUCUGACAGCAUUUGGUUUGAUAACUUCUCUAUUCUUGUGGGAGAGGCAUCCUAGAAAAGUUCUAUGAUACAUUGAAUGAGAAAGAAGUCGACAAAUUUAUAAAAUGACUUCUGUGGUCUACUCUCGAUUAAAAACGUAAAGUAGCACACCAUGAUAGUCAAGUCACUCAGAAUCAACAUAGAGUAAGGCUCGAACAAUCAUGGGUUUGGACUCAGCACAGCAGAUU